AUGGCAUCGCCUAAGGCCCACCCAGACCCUAGAUAUUUCUCAUCUAUUCAAAAAGGAGGCAAUAUUCUAGCCAAAGCCUCAAAGCUAACAAUAGAUGUUCCAGAAAAUGACGACGACACAGCAUCAAAUCAAAUUUUUACUUUAAAUAAAAAUUCCCCUUCUCAUUCAAGGGGAACUCUAAAUACAAGCAAAAUACCUACAACAUCAGGGACUCCAAAACAUAAAGCGCCUGUUUCAAAACAACAGCAGCCUAAACAAAUCCAUAGCGAAGGGAAUACUCCCACCUCAAACGAUAGCUCCUUCAAUUUUCCUUCAAAAGUCAAAAAAUCAGCGCAUAAAGCGCCACCUGUUUUCGCAGUAAAAAGUAAUUUAUUAAGUGCCAAAGGAACAUCUCCAAGAAAAUCAAGCCAAAAGCCUUCAACUCCUACAGGAUCCAAAAAUUCUCCUGGGCUGCCGCCAAGACCUAAAACUGUCACUAAUAAAGCAGCAGUACAAAAUAUUGAAAUUAAGCCAGAAACAGGGUCAUCCCCAAGUUUAAAUAUCUAUGUCACGCAGGUACAAAAGCCUGCGUCAGCUAAAAGAAUUAAAAAGCAAUUAACUGAAGCUGAAAUUGAAGCAAAAAGUGAAGCUUAUUAUAAAGAGCACCUCUUCCAAACUUUUCAAUCAUUAAAAUUAAUUAGAAAUUUGCCACCUGUAGAAAUCAGCCAAAUCAGAGAAAAAAGACUAAAUUUGCCAAAAAGGCCAGGCUGGGAAAAUAAAAAGACAGCGAUUUUUGAUUUAGAUGAAACACUGGUUCAUUGCUGUGAUGGAAUAGAAGACUGCGAUGUAGUUUUACCUAUUAUAUUUCCUACUGGAGAAGCAAUAGAUGCAGGAAUUAAUGUUAGGCCUUACACCCUUGAGUGUUUAAGAGAAAUCAAUAAAGAAUAUGAAAUUAUUGUAUUCACAGCCAGCCACCAAUGUUAUGCAGACGUUGUAUUAGAUUACCUAGACCCUAGCAAAGAGCUCAUUCAUCAUCGCUUAUAUAGAAAUAACUGUGUAAAUGUCGAAGGUAUUUAUAUGAAAGAUCUUCGGAUAUUUGCAAACAGAAAACUUAAAGAUAUGGUAAUUAUUGAUAAUUCAGCUUACUCAUUUGGAAAUCAGCUAGAUAAUGGAGUUCCGAUUAUAUCAUGAAUGGACGAUUAUUAUGAUAAAGAGCUUUUUAACCUUAUUGACUAUUUAAAAGCGCUGGCUAAGGUAGAUGAUAUAAGAGAUAUAAAUCGACAGACUUUUCAUCUCAGGACGUUUUAUGAAGAUUAUAUUCAAGAAUUUUUAGCAAAUGAAGCAAGAGAAGCGAAACUUGCAAGAAAAAAUAAAAGAGAGCCUGGAGUUGAUUAA